AGACGUGGCAUAGUCACGUUUAAAUCCUCAGACACUGGCACAGGGUCGCCUGUUUCACUACGUUAUAUACACGUUGACAUUAGGAAAGAGGGACGCUCGGUAAUUUACAAUCAUUAUUCUAAGUCUCAAAUACAAAACAACAUUUUCAUAAAAUGGCUUCAGCCGCAAAUGUAAGCGCUUCGAUGAAAUGGGAAGUUGUAAAAAAAAGCAAAAAACCGAACGGUUCAGCAAGACAACAAAAUGUCAAGACAUCUGCGGGAAGGAAAGCUUUGGCUGAGUCGAACAUGCCCAGGAUUGACCCAGCGCCUCCUUUAAAACCAUCGGAAACCAUCUACGAGAGUUUUGAGAGAAUGGGGAAGAAGAAUAAAGAGCAGGUGCCCCCAGCACCCGCCCCGGAACAGCACCCGAAGAAACCCAACGCAAGGAAAUGUGACAAGAAUUCCCCGAGAAACGAAGGAGACAAAAACAGCCAGAAAACAGGGAAAUUCAAAUCGUUGGAGGACGCCAUGAAAGCUCUUAAUCUAUCCACGCUUCAGCAGCAACUGGAGAAGAGCCAGAGCCUCUUUCCUGAAAACCCAUCUGUUUGGGUGAAGGACUUGGCCAGUUACCUCAACUAUAAACUCCAAGCCCCAGAGAUUGACCCAACCGUCAGCAAGUACUCCUACGAUUACCCUUACUGCUUGGCAAGCAAGGAAUUGAAGAGCAUGUGCAAAACUCUGCUGGUGAAGUCGACUGACAGCCAGCAGCAGUUAUUUGAUCACUGUAUCAACACCAUGCUGCGUGAGCUGGACAAGCAACCAGGUGAAGCUCUGCAUGGCUACAGGUUUUGCAUUCAAGCCAUAAUGCUGGAAAACCCCAAAAUAGCUACCCAGAAUCUCGCCAGUCAUUUGGAGCUGUUGAGGUCUCACCAGAACAAGCCAGUCAAAUGUCUCGCAAUCAUGUGGGCCUUGGGGCAGGCAGGCUUAACAGACUUGACUGAGGGACUAAAAGUGUGGUUUGGCAUAAUGCUGCCAGUCCUGGGUACAAAGCCACUGUCCUUGUAUGCUAUUGGCUACUUGGAAAGACUGCUAAUGAUGCAUGCUAAUUUAACCAAAGGCUUCGGAAUUAUGGGACCAAAGGACUUUUUCCCUCUGCUGGACUUCACCUUCAUGCCCAAAAAUGCUCUGUCACCCAGUCUGCAGGAGCAGCUGAGACUGCUAUACCCGAGGUUGAAAGUGCUGGCUUUUGGAGCUAAGCCUGAGUCUACUCUGCACACAUACUUCCCAUCCUUCCUAUCCAGAGUAACCCACAACUGCCCAGAUGACAUGAAGAAAGAGCUCCUGAACAGUUUGACUGAGUGUUUGACUCUGGAUCCUCAAAGUUUUAGUGUUUGGAGGCAGUUGUAUACCAAACACCUUUCACAAUCAAGUCUUCUACUGAAUCAUCUUUUGGACUCCUGGAAUUGCCAAUCAGGAAAGAUUCGCAAAUCUCUGCCAGAAACGGUUCAGUCUUUCAAAGUUACCAAUGAUGAAAUGAGUACAUCUGCUGCCUGUUCACAGGGGGUUAAAGCCUGUAAUGACGUCUGCAAUCAACUCCAGGUAAAGAUGAAAGGACAAGGCUUCCCGUGGUCUCGCCUGGUGUUGGUAGCGUUGGUGUUUGCUGUUGGAUUUGUGAUGCAUGACAUCCGAGCAAAUGGGUCCUUUAAAGCCUCCUCUGUUGCACAUGUCCUUCACCAGUCUGGAAUGAUGUCCGUCUCACAACAGGCUUGGAAUAAAAUUUCUUUGUAUUCUUACAAAGGUUACAGUUGGAUGGAAACUAAUGCACCAUAUUACUACUCUGAGAUGGUAAAUACAAUGGAACCGGUUUUAGAAAUGGCUUUGGAAAAGACAACCCUGGCAGUGGGAUACAUUGCAGAAAUGUGUUCAAACCAGAUUACUUGGGUCAAAGACAACGCACCCAGGCUUAUUGAGUGGCUCAACUCCAAUAUCCCAGAUGGCGUGGUCCAGUUUAUCGAAUAUCUGAAGGAAUUGCUGCUAUUGAUUCAUCAGAAUUAUCUACAGCCAGCUAUGGUGUAUGUCAAAACAUCUUUGGAACAAGGAUGGCAGCAGUUUUUGUAAAGUCUUGCAAAGGUGAAGUAUCUUGGCCCUGUGUGCAGGAUCUCUUGGUAUACAUAUCUAUGUCCACCUGGACUUCCCUUCAAAACACGACCGUUGCUGUUAAAAACUGGGCAUUUUCAAUGCUCUCCAGGCUGUAAGACUUGUUUCACGCUGGGACUGAAUCUAUUCUGGUCUCGUGAUCUAGGACAAUACCACCAGUGCUUUUUGAUGACUCAGAAGAAGGGUUUUACAAAAGAUGAAGCUGCCGCUUAUAAAAUAUAGAUUUAAAGACUUUUGUCAGGCUGCAUAAAAUUUUGUAUCGGAGACUCCUUUUCUACACUAUGUAUUGAUGUCCCAUUUUUGUGUUUUUUCAGGUUUAUAAAUGUUUCAAACAGUGUUAAGUAUUUAAGAUAACUUGCCAAAUGGAAAUAAGGUUUAAGAAUCUGAUAAUCCUGACCUGAGUGUGUGUCUGUGUGUGUAUAAUAUAUAUAUAAAAAUAAUGAUAGCUACUACACUGUCAGGAUUCGAUUUGCGAUUUCAGCAUUGACAGAAAUAUCAAAGACCGAAAUUAAUGGAUAUUUUAGUCUUUGAGCAAAUUAUUUUGAUUAAAUUGCAAAAUGAAAAAUGUCAAACAAGCAAAGACUUGUACUUUUUGUUCUUAGCUUUUUUGGUAUUUUACAUUAGGCAAUUUUGAUUAUCAUUUUACUCAGACCGAAGAAGCUGUCUCCUCUCUUGUGUUUCGCUCUUUGCUUGUUUGAUAUUUUCCAUUUUGCAAUUUGAGCAAGUCGUUCUCUCUCUCUCUCUCUCUCUCUCGCACAAGACAUAUAUUUAAAUUACAUAAAUGAAGCUACAAUUCCUCACUCAUCUGAUGAAAAAAUAAUCCCUUCCAUUCAUUUGAAUUAUAAACCUUUUUACAGAGAUCUGGUUGGAUGCCAGCAUGGGGUAUAAUUAUGAAGGCAAAGGUUUGCAGCCCAAUUAGCUCUAUGCUAGUCUUUUAUGGACUGUAACCACUUGCUGACUUGUACAUAAUCUACAAACUACAUAGUAGUAGCGUUGGGACGUUGUUCUAUUGUUUUGGGGUCCAAUGGAGAAUACCAGGUAUAUCAUAGUAACAGGACUUAAGAUCAUUAUUUUAUUUUUCAAACCCUGUUAACACUAUAUUGUGCAAGGGAGGUUUGUUUCUUUUAAAAUGUUAAGGCCACACUGUGUUGCUAAAUGCUAGUAAAAAAAAGGAACAUAUUUGAUAGUUUUCCUGUUGUCUUGACUAUACAACCCCCCCCCCAUGUGUUCACAAAGAUUAUGGUUAGUUUGAAGCUUUGAGUAAUGAAUACAUACUCAUGUGCGGUAAGGUAUAAGAGUUGUCACUGCCAACCAAUAGUGACCCCAUUCAUUUUACACACAUUUGUGUGAAAUGUGAAACCUCUUUCUUAAGGUGGCACUGAUUACAUCAGAUUAGUUAAUGUGUGCCUUAAGAUUCUACCUUGACCUUGCAAAGUGACCAGGAAGUUUUCCACGUUUCUGGCUAUGAUCUUGAACAGUGAUGUCACAUCUGCCUACAGCCCACAACUGCUCUUCUGUACUGCGUAAGAUAACAUUCAAAUGUUAGACUCGUGAGCCCAUUGAGUAGAUUGAGAAACAUGCCCAGUGUGCGCUGUCAAUUGUUUUUGUGGAUCUCUACUUCCCUGGUAAUGUUUGGGUGUCUUGUUGUCUUUUGGGGUAUUAUAUUGUAGAAAUGCUGCAUUCACUUUUUAACGAAUAACCAGUUUAUUACAAAAUGAGCUGAAAUACUGUGAAGCCUGACUGAACUCCUACAAUAGUAUUUGUAUUGGUUUGUGUAAGACUUGUCGGAGGAGUUUAAUCCUGUUUAAUAAUACUUCACCAAUAUUAAUGACUGUAUAAUAAAGGAACCUGGAUGGUUGCAGCCAAACAA